AUGGCCGACUCAGACUACGACUUUGAGGAUGAGGGAUCUGAUGAUGAGUACGUCGGGAACAAGAGCGGGACUUCCAGUACCCGCGCGCAAUCUACCACAGCUAGCAAAAGGCGGAAAGUGGAGGUUCCAGUCAAAGAAGCACCCAGGCGGCAAGCCUGGGAGACGGAAGACUCACGAACGGUAGCGAAGACGAUACAAACGGCCGAGGAUGACACGCUGGGACAGAGCGUACAGGAGCGGGAAGAAGAGAGGAAGCGCAAGCGUUUGCGCAAGGACACAAAGCCCUUUCAACGAGGCAUUAUACGUCACGUCGUAUUGGUGCUCGAUCUCUCCGAGGCGAUGCUGGAGAAGGAUAUGCGACCGAACCGCUUUAUCACCAUGAUCAACUUCACCCAGGAAUAUGUCCGCGAAUUCUUCGAGCAGAACCCUAUAUCGCAAAUGAGCGUCUUGGGCAUGCACGACGGCGUCUGCAUACGCGUCUCAGAGCUGUCGGGGAAUCCAGCCGAACACGUCGCUGCGAUACAAGGCAUACGGAGCAAGGACGAUGGCAAAGAGCCCAAGGGCGCGCCCAGUUUGCAGAAUGCGCUGGAGCUGGCACGAGCAACAUUAUACCACACGCCUAGUCACGGCACACGAGAGGUCAUUGUAGUAUUUGGCAGCUUGUUGAGUCUGGAUCCUGGGGAUAUACAUCAGACGGUCAAGGCAUGUGUGCGAGACCGGAUACGCGUGAGCGUAAUUGGCAUGAGCGCACGUCUAAAGAUAUGCACGGAAAUCGUCACACGAACAAACGCGGGCGAUGAAUCAGAAUACACAAUCGCCACCGACCAGGAGAUGCUGAAGGAGCUGCUGUUAGCAACCACGACACCACCCGUAAUCCGACAAUCUGCCCCUGUUGCUACAACUACAGCAGCGCCGUCACCCGAAUCUGCUGCUGCACUCAUGAUGAUGGGCUUCCCAUCACGCGUAGUCGAAGAUCAACUAACCAUGUGUGCAUGUCAUGGAAACCUCACAAUGGGCGGCUAUACGUGCUCACGAUGUAGCGCAAAAGUCUGCUCUUUACCCAUCACAUGUCCUUCUUGCCAACUCACCCUUCUCCUGUCUACGCAUCUCGCACGCUCAUACCACCAUCUCUUCCCCCUCCGCAACUGGGCCACCGUCUCGUGGUCGCGCGCCCGCGAAAAGGGAAGCAAAGAAUGCGUGGGCUGUCUCUCUUCCUUCAGCAAGCCGCCGACCAGCGACAAGGAAAGGAGCACAGCGGAGCAGAACGGCGAGGUCAAUGGCACGAAGCGGGAUGAGGAAGACAGCGAGGAGCAGAAAGCUAGUGAGAGUGGGCGGUCCUUUUGGGUCUCGCUUUUAAACACACCAAAACGCGUGGUCCCGUGA